UUGAUUGCUGUUCUCUGGUGCUGCACGCGAAAAGCACAGGAUCACUGCAUUCUUGUGAUGUGUGAUUGAUUCGCCGUGUGCCUGUUGUUGCCUGUUUGCAUGCACUGAUAUUGUUGGAUAUUUUUGGAAGUUUUCCUAACCCCAGUGAGUUUUUUACGAGCACUUCUAUUGAGGUGCUCUUAGUUUUCCGGACCGGAUAAUACAGCAACGGAUUACACAGACAACAUGUCCGGCAUUGUGGCUGAAGAGGUCUGCGGUUCGCCGUUGAAGAAGAAAACGCUGUAUACGCUGGAUAAUGAUCGGCUGAUCAAAGUGAAGAGCAGUCGUGAUGGGAGCACAUAUGGAUUCGGAAAUUUUCUUUAUGAGGUCUUCUUUCCUGAAGGUUAUCCCGACAGUGUCAGUAAAGAUUAUCUGACGUAUCAAGUUUUCGAUACAAUUCAGGCAUUCUGCAGCUACGUCAAUGGGACGAUAGCCACGCAGUCGGUAUUAACGGGAUUGGGAGUGGGAGAAGAAGCCUCGACGGCACUGGCGGCCACGAUGACGUGGGUGCUAAAAGAUGGGGUGGGCAUGAUUGGUCGUAUCGUUUUUGCAUGGGCUCAAGGAACGGAUUUAGAUAGCGAUAUGAAGCGAUGGAGACUGCGAGCUGAUUUCUUCAAUGAUGUGGCGACAUUCUUGGAUAUUGUUUCUUCACAGACGAGAUAUUUUGCCUUUAUAAUCUGCAUCUCGGCUUUGUUGCGCUCUAUUGUCGGUAUUGCCGGGACCGGGACUCGUCCGGCCAUUAUUUUGCACCAAGCGCGAAGAAAUAAUCUCGGGGAUGUUACAGCCAAGGAUGCCAGCCAGGAAACCAUGGUGCAUCUCACGGCGAUGAUUGUCGCGUUAGUUAUCAUGCCCUGGAUCGCCCAUUCGCAUUUGUUGAGUUGGACGGUUUUCUUCUUGUUGGCGUUUAUUCACGUGCUGGCCAAUUAUUGUGGCGUAAAGUCGUUGAAUUUGGAGCAGUUUAAUCAGUCCCGGUUUCAUUUGGCGGUGUCGGCAUUCCUGAAUUCCGGCGGUACUUUUGUCCCGUCGAUUCGGGAGGUUAACCGGCAGGAGCCGGUGAUUGUUCCCUUGUACCGGAAAUGGAGAUACAGUAUAGGCUGCCGGCUGCCCAGGCGGGCAGUGAGUGGUGGGGAUUUUAUCGAAAUGCGAGAAAUCUAUGGAGACGAAGUGUUUUGUUUGAUGGUUAACCCGUCCAAAGGCCAUGUUGCGGUGUUCCUGUCGCCGGCUGCCACUCCGGCUGACGUCAUUCGCGCUGCUUUCGAAGUGGAACUAAUUGGUCACAAACUGCUGACGCAUUUCUCGGCAGUGAGGGACACCGUACUGGAGGUGAUGCGGCAGACCCGCAUGGAAGCCGGCGAUCUGUAUGAACGCUUUGAGAAGCUGGCGAGGAACGAAGGCUUCGAUUUCGCACGGAACUAUCUGGGUGCACGCGACUGGCGGCUGACCUGGAGGAGUCCCGAUGCGAGGACGGCCGAUUUUAUGGUGAUGUAGUGCGUGGUUUUCUGUUAUCGUGUUGUUGUUAUUAGCGAAGUAGAAAUGAGGGUGAUCGUUUUUCUGAAUGAAUACCCGUCCAGUUUGGUUGUACUCGGUAAACGUUUUACGGUUCUGAUUCCUGUUUUCGCGUGGGCUGCUGAAGGACGGCCUUUGCCGGUGAAGUUGGGGGUUGUUUCAUACCAGAAUUGUUGCAGUUGAUGUAACAGUGCUUAUAAUAACAAGCAGGCAUCGGUAGCCGUGGU